CGGGCCACGCUUGGGGCUCGUUGGCCCCGCCCCCGAGGCUCUCCUGCGCAGUCAUUGGUCAGAGGGGGGGUGUUCCUGGCUUGCCGGGGGCGGAGCCUAGCUGGAAGCCGUCCAGGCUGGGCAUCUUUGUGCGAAAGCAGAGCUCAAAGACCCGAUGAUGUGGCGAUGGUUGCUUGUGUUGCUUCUCUUACGGCCGAGGCACUGGGCCCUGGGGAAGCCAUCCUCUGAAGCAGGACCCCAUGGCCAGGGUAGGGUCCACCAGGGAACCCCCCUGAGCGAGGCCUCCCACGAUGACGCCCACGGGAAUUUCCAGUACGACCACGAGGCGUUCCUGGGACGAGACGUGGCCAAGGAAUUUGACCAACUCAGCCCAGAGGAAAGCCAGGCCCGACUUGGGCGGAUCGUGGACCGCAUGGACCGCGCUGGGGACAGCGACGGCUGGGUGUCCUUGGCUGAGCUCCGCGCGUGGAUCGCGCACACGCAGCAGCGGCACAUCCGAGACUCGGUGAGCGCGGCCUGGCACACCUACGACACGGACCGCGACGGGCGCGUGGGUUGGGAGGAAUUACGGAAUGCCACGUAUGGCCACUAUGAGCCCGGGGAGGAGUUUCACGAUGUGGAGGAUGCUGAGACCUACAAGAAGAUGCUGGCCCGGGAUGAGCGGAGGUUCCGGGUGGCCGACCAGGACGGGGACUCCAUGGCUACUCGGGAAGAGCUGACAGCCUUUCUGCACCCCGAAGAAUUCCCUCACAUGCGGGACAUCGUGGUCGCGGAAACCCUGGAGGACCUUGACAAGAACAAAGACGGCUACGUCCAGAUGGAAGAGUACAUUGCUGACCUGUACUCCGCGGAGCCUGGGGAGGAGGAGCCUGCCUGGGUGCAGACAGAGCGGCAGCAGUUCCAGGACUUCCGGGAUCUGAACAAGGAUGGGCGUCUGGAUGGCAGUGAGGUCGGUUACUGGGUGCUGCCUCCGUCCCAGGACCAGCCCCUGGUGGAGGCCAACCACCUGCUGCACGAGAGCGACACAGACAAGGAUGGCCGUCUGAGCAAAGCUGAGAUCCUCAGCAACUGGAACAUGUUUGUGGGCAGCCAGGCCACCAACUACGGGGAGGACCUGACAAGGCACCAUGAUGAGCUCUGAGGCCUGGGCCUGCUCCGACUUCUGACCCCAUGACCUCAUGGGGCAACCGAGGGGCCGAGGCAGCCUGCCCCUCCGUCCAGGGCGUGGGCUCAGCUUUGGUGCCUCCAGUUCUUGGGUCCUCAGGGACCCACUCAGUCACCCUCAGUCUCUGAGACCCCUGCCACCGACCCUGGGGUCCCCAACCUGCCCAGGACACUCAGGCACUCCAGGGAUAAGUGACACCCACUAAUACCAUCCCCCAGCAGAGACCCUGGGCCCACACCCUGACCCAGCCCCAAUCUGAGCCUCAACCACACACAAGGUAACCUGUACUGCCCACUGCCCAGGAACAAUAAAAGCCACUGCUGGGGGCCUCUGGUACAUGUCUGUUUCCCUGGGAGUGGGGUGAAGGAUGCUGUGCCCAAGCAGGAACAUGCUGGGAGCUGGCGCUGAGGCCUGCAGGAAGGUAGGGGUUCUCAACCUGUGGGUCCCGACCCCUGGGGUUGCAGGCCCUUUCACAAAGGUCAUAUAUCAGAUAUCCUACAUAUCCGAUGUUUACAUUAUGAUUCACAACUGUAGUCAUGAAGUAGCAACAAAAUAAUUUUGUGGUUUUGGGGGAAACUGUAUUAAAGAGUCACAGCAUAGAA